UCUCUCAAGACCCCGAAUGAAUUAUAGCAAUUACGGCUAGACCCCACAAUAUAUUCUUUUCUUUAAGCAGAAGAAAACCAAAUUCUGUGUCUUUCUUCUUGCUGCUUCCAAUCCAUCACCGUUCUCUCUUCUUCUUCUUCUUCUUCUUUACUGCCUGCUAGCUCACACUCAAUCAGCCAUGGCCGCUCUGCAAUACUUGGAUUCGCUUCGCAAUGCCCACCCCGAACUCUCCGAUUGGUACAAUACCCUUGCAGAUCUGUACCAGCGCAAGCUCUGGCACCAGCUCACACUCAAGCUCGAGCAGUUCGUUGCUCUCGCCGUCUUUCAGGCUGGUGAUGCACUUAUACAGCUGUAUCAUAAUUUCAUCACUGACUUUGAGACAAAGAUCAAUCUCCUCAAGCUUGCUCAUUUUGCUGUCAUUGUUUCUCGGCAGUACUCAGGGAAAGAAGCAGCAAUUUGUUACCUUGAAGGUGUGAUUGAGAAACUUCGUAAUACUAAAGAGAUGCGCAUAGAGGAACCAAUCCUUUAUAUUAAGAUGCAAAUUGCUUUAUUUAAGCUUGAGCAAGGGGAUCAAAAAAACUGCAAUAAACUUUUGGAAGAGGGGAAGAGCACACUUGAUAGCAUGACUGACAUUGAUCCAUCAGUGUAUGCAAGCUAUUAUUGGGUAUCAUCUCAGUAUCAUAAAUCUCGUCAAGAAUUUGCAGAGUUCUACAAAAGUGCUCUUCUCUAUCUUGCUUACACUUCAGUAGAGUCUCUAUCAGAAUCAUUCAAGCUGGAUUUGGCGUUUGAUUUGUCUCUAUCAGCAUUGCUUGGAGAAAAUAUAUACAACUUUGGAGAGUUACUUGCACAUCCAAUUAUAAAGAGCCUUAUAGGGACAAAGGUUGAGUGGCUCUACUAUAUUCUUGAAGCAUUCAACACUGGUGAUUUGGCUCGCUAUCAAGAACUGUGCCAUGUCCAUCAAGCUGAUUUGAAUGCCCAGCCUGCCCUGGUACAAAAUGAGAAAAAUCUUCUGGAAAAGAUCAACAUUCUCUGUUUGAUGGAAAUCAUUUUCAGUCGCCCAUCUGAGGACAGAACUAUCCCAUUGAGUAUCAUUGCAGAGCGCACAAAAUUGACGGUAGAAGAUGUGGAGCAUCUCCUUAUGAAGAGUCUUUCUGUCCAUCUGAUCGAGGGAAUAAUUGAUCAAGUAGAUGGGAGUGUUUAUGUUUCCUGGGUACAACCGAGAGUUCUGGGCAUUCCUCAAAUAAAAUCAUUGCGAGAUCGCCUAGACAAUUGGGUUGAGAAAGUGCACACUGCUUUAUUAUCUGUGGAAGCUGAAACUCCUGACCUCGUUGCGGCAUAAAAGAUUUGCAAUAGAAUAUCCUGGUCUCAAGUCUCUACUGUGUUCAUUCCAAGAUAUGUGCCUGUGCUCCAGCAAAGAAUCAGGACAGUGUUUACAUUCUAGAGGGCUUCAGUGUAUGUUUGUUCUGAUUAUAAUGCACAAUUCACAAUUUGCAAUUCUCAAGCCUCUCUC